AUGCAGAAGACCAAGAAAACUGAUCAUAAGCAGGAAAAGAACAGAGUGGCUGUAAAGAUGGGAGGAGGAGGUAUUGCCGGAGGUAUUUUUCUGGUGGGUGGAGCCUUGGCUAUUGCCACUCUGGUGUCUGGUUUUGCCAUCAGAAAGAGACGGCAAAGAUCCACCAGCUCCACCAACAACAACCAGCUUCCCCGACCCAUACCUACCAGUCCACCUAACAAGGUGGAGGAGAAUAAUAAAGAUGAAGGGAGCAAAGGCCUCCAUUUACUUGUUCCAGAUUCUUCUCCAACUAUGCAUCACCAUCUAAGCAAUGGAUCGGCAAAGACGGGUGUUGCACCGAUUGACUCCAAGACCUUGAUCUCCUCUCAAAUUUUGAUCCUGAGUGCUCAUACAAGUAACUUGAUUCAGGAUGAGAAGCCCAAGCUUGAAAUCAAUGGUGGGAAACAAGUUCCCACCCAUGGUGAUGAAGAAAUUAUCUUCCCUAAUGGUCCAAAACAACCAGAAAGCAGUCCCCUGUUGAAUGACUUUGGUACCAAUGCUGAAGAAUUCUCAUUUCCACUGGCUGAUAGUCCAUCGAUUAAACCUGAGAACCUGAAGAAGAAUGAGUCCGAAGAAGAAAUCGAAGUUCUGAAGGAGGAAGAAGAAACUGAAACACUUCAUGCUGAUCAGACCACAGUAGAUGUUGGAAAAGAACGAGGAGAAGAUGAAACUUAUGGCUAUGGGGGAGAAACUGUUGAAGGGAACUUUGAAGAAAUGAGUGAAACAGCUAGUGCAGAUCAGAUGGAAGCAGAGCUGCAAUUCAGAGAAGACCCGGAAAAUCCAACAAAUGUUAAUCAAGAAAUAGUCUCCUCAGAAAGUUCAGUACCUAAAAGCAGUCUUUUCAAAAAUUAUGAUGGCAAAGUGCAAGAACUUCCAUUGCCAGAAGAUUACAAUUCAAACCCUUUUAAACCUGAAAAUGUGAACAAAAACGACUCCAUCAAAGGCCCUCUAUCCCAGGAAGCUGUUGAAGUAAUGGAAGAAGAUGAAGGAACAGCAGCAGGGCAUGCUGAUCAGGGUGUAGCUGAAGACGACCCACAGAUGCAUUCCAUUGAAGAUGAACAAAAACAGGUAGCUGAGACACAUCAUGCAGAUCAGUUUGCCGUAAAGGAUGACAAAGAAUUUCCAUUCAGUGAAGACCUGGAGACCCUCUCGAAUAUUGAUCAAGGAAAUUUCUGCUCGGAUAAGUCAAUGCCAGAAAGCAGCUUACCUGAAAAUUUUGGGGCGGAUGUGCAAGAAUUUUCAUUUCCAGUGCUUGAAAGUCCUCUUCCCAGUCCUGAAGAUGUCAACAAAAAUGUCUCUACCAAAGCUUCACUGUUGAUGGGAGCAUUGGAAGUACUGAGAACGGACGAAGCAAUUGAGGCAGCUGGUACUACUCAAACCGGAGUAGAAUACUACCCUCCAAUGCAAACGGUUGAAAAAGAACAAAUUGAAGACUAUGGUGAUGAUAAUAGCAGAGGAAAUACUGAAGAGAGAGGUGACAAUGCAUGUGAACAAGAAGAAGAAGAAGAAGAAAAUGAAGACAGUUAUGACGAUGAUGAUGGGGAGGUUACUGUAAAAAAAUGUGAAGAGGCAGCUGAGCCACCUUAUGCAGAUCAACUUGCAGUAAAGGACGAUCAACAAAUUCAAUCGAACCAAGAACAAGAGACACUCUUGAACAAUGAUCAAGAAAAUUUCUGCUGUUACACGUCUGUGCCAGAAAGCAGUUCACCUAAAAAUUAUGGUGCUAAUUUGCAAGAAUUUUCAUUUCCAGUUCUUGAAAGUACUCUGCCCAUGCGUGAAGAUGUCAAUGGCAAGGCCCCUAAGGAAGCCCCCCUGUCCUUGAAAUCUAUCAGACUGAAGGAAGAGGAUGAAACAACUGAGGCAGCUAGUACUACUCAGACUGCCAUAGAAUACAACCAUCCAACGCAACUGGUUGAAGAACAAAACGAAGACUAUGCCAACUCUGAUGGCAGAGGAAAUACUGUGGAGAAAAGUGAGGAUGCAAUUGGAAUAGUACAUGCAGACAUGGUUGCAACAGAAGACAACCCCAAAAUAGAAUCGGCUGAAGAGGAAGAGAGUAGUGAAGACAGUGAUGCAAAUGAACAAGAUUAUAUUGCGGAGGAGAAAAUUGAAGAGGGCUCGGAUGGAACAGGAGCCUCAUCCAUGGAAUCCAACUCUGAGGCAAUUUGGCCAGUGGAGUCGAUGCAGAAAUUGUUGCUGGACAGCAAAGAAUUGGAAAUCAAUAAACAGGCAUUGGGAGAGACUAUCGAGGCAGAUAGAACAGUGAAUAAAGAUCAUAUUGGCCAUAACCGCGUAGAGAAUGGUAAUCCCAAUGAUAAUGGCCAAAAUAUCAUUGAAGAUGACGGCAAAUCGACGUCGAAUUUUAGUCAGAUGUACAUGAUUCAGCUUGCGAAGAAUAAUGAAGAAUCAUUCACAUCGAAAUGGAGGAUUUGGAUAUGGUCGAGUUUCAUGCCACUAUGGUUCUUGGCCUACUGGUACUUCGGUUUACCCUUCGUGAAGAUCUGUCUCAUUGUUGUCUUGUCAGUGAUGCUCUUCAAGUACCAUGAAGUCUGA